AAUGGCCCGUAAGACUGCAGCUGAAACUACCUUGGAUGAUGUAAACCAACUGGUAAGCCAACUAUGUGAUUCCACUACGGCAGGCCCAUGGGCUCAUUCAGCAGGCAGGCCCCUCUCCUCUCUCCUCACCGCAGGCCCAUGGGCUCGUGCAGCAGGCAGGCCCCUCUCCUCACCGCAGGCCCACGGGCUCGUGCAGCAGGCAGGCAGGCCCCUCUCCUCACCGCAGGCCCACGGGCUCGUGCAGCAGGCAGGCAGACCCCUCUCCCCCUCACCGCAGGUCCAUGGGCUCGUGCAGCAGACAGGCAGGCCCCUCUCUCCUCACCGCAGGCCCAUGGGCUCGUGCAGCAGGCAGGCAGACCCCUCUCCCCCUCACCGCAGGUCCAUGGGCUCGUGCAGCAGGCAGGCAGGCCCCUCUCUCCUCACCGCAGGCCCAUGGGCUCGUGCAGCAGGCAGGCAGGCCCCUCUCUCCUCACCGCAGGCCCAUGGGCUCGUGCAGCAUGCAGGCCCCUCUCCUCUCCCCUCACCGCAGGCCCAUGGGCUCGUGCAGCAGGCAGGCCCCUCUCCCCUCACCGCAGGCCCAUGGGCUCGUGCAGCAGGUCCUCUCCUCUCACCGCAGGCCCAUGGGCUUGUGCAGCAGGUCCUCUCCUCUCACCGCAGGCCCAUGGGCUCGUGCAGCAGGCAGGCCAGGUAGCAGCACACCUCCCAGGCACGGUCGAUGUGGGCGGCGCUGCUGAGCGGGUGCACGCCGCGGAGGAAGCGGAAGGUGAGCACCUUGUCAGUCAGGCUCCGCACGCUC